AUGUCAUUUUCUGACCUUUCAUCACUACAGCAAGCCGGUCAUGGAAGUGGUGAUUUUAAGCACAGUGAGGACCCUAUCGCUCAGUACUCAUUCAACUUCAAAGAUCCCUUACUGCCCGAAAUUGUAGCCCCAUCUCCUCCGAGUACACAUUUGUUCGAAACGCUAAAGAGUAUCGAUGAAUUCUCGAGCAACCUGACUCUGAGAGAUGUCGAAAUGCAGGCUCCUCUAUCAGAGGAACUGACCGUAGUCGUCCUUGAUACGAACAUACUACUGGACUAUCUUGAUGUAAUACAAGCAUUCGUCACGGAGUUCGAAGAGCAGGGACUGCCUGUAUUGAUCAUUAUCCCGGGUGUUGUGAUUUACGAGCUUGAUGGGCAGAAGAAUCGCGAAAGGCUCUCUUGGUUUGCCCGUAGGGCAUCAUCAUGGUUGCUGAAAAAGGUGAAGGAACGGAGAUCAGUCAAAGGCCAGGCCUUGAACGAGACAUGCAAAGCUUCGGGAAAUUGGAAAAAGAGGGACCUGGAUGCUAUACAGGAAUUUGGUUCGGAACGUAGCAACGACAGUUUGAUCAUCGAUUGCUGCAAAUAUUUCCUACGGCAACGGCGAACAUUCUUGUGUAGCAAAGACAAACUUUUGAUCGUGGAAGCUGAAAGUGAAAGUAUAUUGACGAUAUCACCCGGUCGGGGCACAUUCUCCAGCCGUGAUAUUGCUCAAGCUCUCUUUGGGAUCGAGGCUUCUCGCUUCAGGUUCAGCGGAUACCAUCCGACAUACCGAGAUUCACUGGAUAAUUUGAUACAGGCGACGCCUGCGCUAGAGCCAGAUGAUGACGGAAUGGAUAUCGACGAUGAUGCCUCUUCCGUACCUCGGCUUCUACACCCAAGCCACUCGCUAGAUCUUCUCCACCUGCAGGUGAUCGAUUAUUUCACAGGGUUGCUUCUGGAAUUAGUUGCUCGUGUAGCGGGCCCUGCCGUGCGGAGUUUUGGCUACAGCGACUCGGUAUCGAAACAUGCACCUUCCUAUUCAAAAAAGAAGUUUGCAUCGUGGGGUGCAGUAGAAUGUUUGGACUACCUAGGCGCGAAGAAACGGCUACCUAGGACUAGUCCACGGGUGGAAACCUUCAUGACACGGGCAUACGAAGGUGUGGGGGCAAGGAGAGGCCAAGAUUGGUCCCGACGGGAUUGGGAGAUGGCGUUAGAGGGGCUGAGGGAAAUAGGCGAUGACUGGCAAGAAGGAUCUAUCCGUGAGUCGGUGUCUGCCGCAAGACUUCACAUGAGUCGUGUGUUUGCUAUGCCGAUGCGGCCGACGGGAUUGUGA